UAAACCCUUAGUUAUCGCGUUCUUGAAAGGUAUAAGAUUGCUUUAGCCUUCGUCUUCCUCACCCACCCACCGUUUAGUAUAUAUAAGCCACAGCAUUAAUUAAUCCUAUAACCACAUAGAGAGAUCCAGAGAGAGAAGCUGUAUGCAAGAAAAUGGGAAGAAAAGAGAUAGGAUUGAUUUUCAUACUGUUUUGUUCUGCCAUGGCCAUAGCAUCUUCUCUGCAAGAAAUCUUGCCAACAGAGUCCAAUUGCCACCAGAAAACUAACACAGAAAAACAUGGCGAAGAUGAGGCUACUAACCAGAUUGGCAGAAGAAACAGUGCAUGUGCGAUCACCGUUUCUCAGGCGGUUGCUCAUGGAGGUGGUGCCAGGGGAGGUGGUGGUGUUAGUAGUCCUCAUACAGGAGGAGGUAGUGCCGUAAUCCCCAUUUACGUAGCUGGUUCAGCGCAAGCACAACGCCGCCGAGGUCGACCAGUCAAUGCAGGAAAUCGUCAUGAGAACAACAUGUGGCUUCUGGUAUUGCACAUCUGUAAGAGUUUUCUAAUAUGAAGGCUGCCUCCAAAGGGAGCACCUGGAGGAGAAUCUGUAGAAAGCUGGGUUAGUUGUGAAGAGGAAAAAUAACCGAAGGUUCUUGAGAUCAAUCAAAAUAUGAUUUUUGGGUGGAAUUUGUGUCUAGUCGUAUAGGAUUGUUAUUUUUCUGAUUUCUUCGUUAGAAUACAAGAGAUUACCUUUUGAUUUACCAGAAGAAUUAGUAGCGGGUUAUCAAAUUUCGAAUAUCAAAUUUGGUUUAUUUUA